AUGCCCCCACGCCUCUUUCACACUCUCGCACGCGCCCUCCGCCCGCGCCUGCAAGCCUUCUACUCCACGCGCACGUACCGCUGGCUCCGUGCGGCAGACGACUGGGCGUACAACCUCGCGUGUCGUGAGCCUGAGGGUACCCUCUUCCUCGCGUUAGGCGUGCUUGGCGUCGCGCACGUCGCCUUGUCGGUGGCCAAGAAGCCUGAUAACCGAGGGCGCACUGAGGGGGCGUGUAGUGUGCCCGAGGAGACUGAAGAGCCUCGACACUACAUCAUGUCCCGCCUCCGCCAGGUACGCCACUGCGCCAGGAUGUUCAUCUACAAUUUCUUCCGCACCGAUCUCCCGCCCCCCGACACCAUCUUCAAGUGGCCCCGCGAGUCCGAAGGGUUCCGUUCCGCCAGUCCGUGGUUCGCCGUCCUCGGUGCCUCUGCGUUCGUCAUCUUCCCUGGCCUGCUCUACGCCAGGAAAGUGAGUCAGGAUAAGUUUACGACGCUGGAGAAGCGGAUCGAGGCCCGCGCAAAGGACGGCGACUUCGUGCCGGAUGACACAACAUCAGAGCGGCUCUUCCCAUUUGAGCGGCAUCCUUUCGACACCACUCCUUCAGUCCAUAAGACACCUUUUGUCAUGGUGUUGCCGGUCUACAAACUCUCUCGGGGCGGAGACGAUCCCCCCCGCGGCGAUGAUUAG